AUGCGUGAUGGUGGCAUCAAAGUUCGGUUGGACCGUGCGGUGGCUUCGCAAGCUUGGAUGGAUCAAUUCCCUAGAUUCAAAGUUCAUCAUUUGAAGAAAACAACUUCUGAUCAUAUCCUCAUUUUUAUCUAUUGGGAGGGCCGAGUGGCAUCCAAACGAAAGAGAACCUUUAGAUACGAAGAAGCAUGGAAUAAUUUGGAUGGUUGCAAACCAGUGGUGGAGGAGGGGUGGGCUCAUGAGGCUGAUGGGGUCCCUUUAUUCCAAGUAACGGAUAAGAUCAAAUCAACUAGAAGGAAGUUGUCGCAGUGGGCAAGACAAAAUUCACGUCACGGUCCGAAAGAGAUAGGAGAGAUUGAAAAUAAAUUAACUAGCAUUCUUGGUCAGCCUUUCACCGACACUUCUAUUAAUGAGAAGAAGGUGCUUCUAUCUAAGUUGAAUGGGUUGUUAGAACAAGAAGAGUGUUUCUGGCGACAGAGGUCUAAAGAAAACUAG